AUGGCGAGAUUCUCAAAGGUACUCAGGAAGACUGAUAUUAAAAAGAGACUCUCAGUGCCGACCGGGUUUCUCAGCUCUCUUCCAUCUUUUAAGGGUGGUGGUCAUGCUGUAGAUUUUCAAGCUGUAGAUGGAAGUGGCCGUGUUUGGACCUUCAGAUGCUCAAUUCGCAGGAAUGGACAUCCAAAACCAGUUAUUUCAAGGGGUUGGCUCGCUUAUGUUCAUAGCAAGAGCCUUAAAGUUGGCGACAAGGUCCAGUUUUUAAAGGAGAAAAACGACGCUGGCGCCAAAAUGCAUGCUUACGAGAUUCGGGCUGAGAAAGAAAUCAAGAUAUUUGGCGCUGUUUUCGGAUAUGCACCCAUAAUAUAG